GUUCGAAUUCCGUAGCGCAGUCGAAAGUGUCGAAACCGGGAGCGGAUCCACUGAAAGGUUUCUCGCCGCGAUUCAUUCGUCCUCGGAUCUUGGAUUUCGCUCGCGAUGUCGAUCAGACCGUUGUGGCCCGACUUGCGGCCGCGGGCGACCGACCCGCUGUGGUUCAACGCCGAUAGACCCUGUGACGACGAGAGCGAGGUCGCCGCUCUCGAAGCCGAGCACCAGGCCUGGCGGGAUCAUGUGCGGGUGCAGGGCUACGAGCACAUUCCGAUCGGCAAGACGGUGAGCGACUUCAGAGGAUCGGAGGGGGAGGAAGAGGAAGAGGAGGAGGAGGAGGGCGAGGGCGAAGAGGAGGACGAGUCGGAUACCCACGAGGAAGAGGAGGAGGAGCUCGACGAGAUCGACAUGGAAGUCAGUUAUUCUCAUCAUCCGCAGAGGUCUAGUCCGACGGACACGGUGACCGCUCCCGUAUCCAUCCGGAUGGUCAACGCAUCGAAUUUAACUCGUUAUUCUUAAUCUCUACGUAUUCGAUUCGAAUGUACAUACUUGUGAUCACGAGUUUCGUAUAAUUUAACUAUUUAGCGAAGUAAUAAUUAUAUAUAUAUAUAUCGUUCUAAUACUGAUAAUAGUUUAUAAAUUUAUUGGAAGUUUUAUAGAUGAUAUCGAUGGUAUUAAUGUGUGAAUGAUUAAAGGUCUAUCUAUUCUCUAUGUGUGAAUGAUUAAAGGUCUAUCCAUUCUUUA